GGAGUGCCAGGUCAGCCAAGGGCCUGGAAAAACUGAGGGAGGAAGUCCACCCCCACCGCUCCGGUCUGGGGUCUGGGCCUGGUUCCUGAGGGCCACGCGGGGAGCAGGCCCCUCAGAUACGGUUCUGAACCUCCAUAGGCUGCAGCUCUUUUCAUCCGUGACAUCAGGACGUGCAGCAAAGGGUUUCUAUGAGGACUCGAUAAGCCAGUGUAAUAAUGGGGCGACUCAGAAGACAGGCUGCAAAUGAAAGCUGGAGUUAGGCGAGCAAUGGAAGAGUUAAUAGUUGAACUUCGUGUCUUUCUUGAACUUCUGGACCAUGAAUAUCUAACAUCAACUGUCAGAGAGAAAAAGGCAGUAAUUGCAGACAUCCUGCUGAGGAUACAGUCCUCUAAAGGUUUUGAAGUGAAAGAGCAUGCUCCGAAGCAAGAGGCCCCUCACAGCCUGCCGGCCCCUCCCCAGAUGCCUCUGCCCGCGAUCCCGCAGCCCUGGCUGCCUCCUGACAGUGGGCCCCCGCCGUUACCGACGUCCUCGCUCCCAGAAGGUUAUUAUGAGGAAGCUGUGCCGCUGAGCCCGGGGAAAGCUCCAGAAUACAUCACCUCAAAUUAUGACUCGGAUGCCAUGAGCAGCUCUUAUGAAUCGUACGAUGAAGAGGAGGAGGACGGGAAGGGGAAGAAAACGCGGCACCAGUGGCCAUCGGAGGAGGCCUCCAUGGACUUGGUAAAGGACGCCAGGAUCUGCGCCUUCCUGCUGCGCAAGAAGCGCUUCGGCCAGUGGACCAAGCUACUCUGCGUCAUCAAAGACACCAAACUCCUGUGCUAUAAGAGUUCCAAGGACCAGCAGCCUCAGAUGGAACUGCUGCUCCAAGGCUGCAACAUCACGUAUACCCCGAAGGACAGCAAAAAGAAGAAACACGAGCUGAAAAUCACGCAGCCGGGCACAGACCCCCUUGUUCUGGCGGUGCAGAGUAAGGAGCAGGCCGAGCAGUGGCUGAAGGUGAUCAAGGAAGUCUACAGCGGCGGCAGUGGGCCCGUGGAUUCCGAGUGUCCGCCCCCAUCCAGCUCCCCGGUGCACAAGGCAGAACUGGAGAAGAAACUGUCCUCAGAGAGACCAAGCUCAGAUGGGGAGGGAGCCAUAGAAAACGGAAUCACUGCAUGUAAUGGGAAAGAACAAGUUAAGAGGAAAAAAAGUUCCAAAUCAGAGGGCAAGGGCACAGUAUCAAAAGUCACUGGAAAGAAAAUCACCAAGAUCAUCGGUCUAGGGAAGAAAAAGCCGUCAACAGACGAGCAGACCUCCUCAGCUGAGGAAGACGUCCCGACCUGCGGCUACCUGAAUGUGCUCUCCAACAGCCGCUGGCGGGAGCGCUGGUGCAGGGUCAAGGAUAACAAGCUUGUUUUCCACAAGGACAGGGCCGAUCUGAAGACCCACAUCGUCUCCAUUCCUCUCCGUGGCUGCGAGGUGAUCCCUGGCCUGGACUCCAAACACCCCCUGACGUUCCGACUGCUUCGCAACGGGCAGGAGGUGGCUGUGCUGGAGGCUUCUUCUUCUGAAGACAUGGGCAGAUGGAUCGGAAUUUUGCUGGCUGAGACGGGGUCCUCGACAGACCCCGGGGCCCUGCACUACGACUACAUAGAUGUGGAGAUGUCUGCAAAUGUCAUCCAGACGGCCAAGCAGACCUUCUGCUUCAUGAACCGGCGAGUCAUAUCUACAAACCCGUAUCUAGGGGGUACCUCCAACGGCUACGCCCACCCCAGCGGGACAGCACUGCAUUACGACGACGUCCCCUGUAUAAACGGCUCGUGGGAACCCGAAGAUGGCUUUCCUGCUUCCUGUAGCGGAGGCCUGGGAGAAGAGGUGCUUUAUGAUAACGCAGUCCUGUACGAUAACUUGCCGUCUCCGAAAAUCUUUGCGCGCCACCCGCCUGCUGACAGGAAGGCUUCUAGGCUAUCUACUGACAAACUGUCCUGUAACCAUUACAAACACCCCACCUCCUGUGGCCUACCUUCUGCUCAGUCUGUCACUAACACCUCUUCUGUGGGGAGGGCGUCUCUCGGGCUCGGCUCCCAGUUGAAGGGUAAAAAGCCCCCAGUAGCGUCCAGUGGAGUUACAGGAAAAGGGAAGGCUCUGAGCAGUCAGCAGAAGAAAGCGGAUUCGGCAGCCGGCGUGAAGCGCACACCUUCAAAUGCUGAUCAGUACAAGUACGGCAAGAACCGGGUGGAAGCAGACGCCAAGCGGCUGCAGACCAAGGAAGAGGAGCUGCUGAGAAGGAAGGAAGGCCUGCGGAACAGGCUGGCCCAGCUCCGGAAAGAGAGGCGAGACCUGAGGGCCGCCAUUGAAGUGAACGCCGGCAGGAAGACCCAGCUGAUCCUGGAGGAGAAGUUGAAGACGCUGGAGGAGGAGUGUAAGCAGAAGGAGACAGAGCGUGUGAACUUGGAGCUCGAGCUGACGGAGGUCAAGGAGAGCCUGAGGAAAGCCCUGGCUGGCGGGAUCACCCUGGGGCUGGCCAUCGAGCCCCGGUCGGGGACCUCCAGUCCACAGUCUCCAGUCUUCAGGCACCGGACUCUGGAGAACUCGCCCAUGUCCAGCUGUGAGACCAGUGACGCCGAGGGCCCGCUGCCUGUGAACAGCGCGGCCGUCCUAAAGAAGAGCCAGCCGGCCGGCAGCUCCCCCUGCCGGGGGCACGUGCUUCGGAAGGCCAAGGAAUGGGAGCUGAAGAACGGGACGUAGAGGCGACGUGGGAGCGCUCCAGCGCCAGCUGGCGUCGCCGCCGGAUGCCACCCGCAGGAAGCUGUGCCCACGUGGCCCCCGCCUGCGGCAGGAUACGGGGUUUGUGACUGAGCUCCGAGGCCCGUCCCCAGACCCGGCUCACGUGUAUUCUUUCUACUGUAUAAUGGUGUCCUUUAAAGAAAUUUACCUGUACCACUUUGGUUUCCAACUUCAUUUGUUAAAAACAAAAAGGGAUGAAAGGUAUUGUAAAAGAAUCCUGUGGCAGAUGGAGAAAUUGCAUCUUUUCACCCAGCAAAACGAUGGCUUGAACCAGUGUCAGCCCAACCUCAGACUGAAGGUGAACGGGGCUGUGGGCCCCGAGGCCUCGGCGUGGCCUCUCCAGCGAGUGUCACCAGCUCCUGUGGGCACUGGGGCUGCCUUGCCCGUCUGCCAGGGGCGCCUGGAUGCUCAUGGCUGUGACGCGCUUGGCACGACCCCCUAGUGUGUCUGUGUCCCCUCCCACAUACCUGUCCCCUUGUCCCUUGAGGUAAAGGCCUAAGGAGUUGUGCUGUGACACAUUUUUUACCUUUUAAUGUUUUUUUUUCUGGACUGGACAGAUGCUUUUGUCACCUGGACAAGAAAAGCUGCCAUUCUUUUUAAAUUUUCAAAAAAUGUUCUCUUUUGAUCGUGUGCCGCACUUAGCAAUAAGGGGUUUUCAGAGAUUCGUAUCAUGCUUUAUUAAUUAUUUGUACUGCUUCGGAAAGGCGGCGAGGGUGUCUGAUACUCCACUGAUGUGUGGCCUCCCAGCGUCUCUCCCACUGCGGAGCUGGCGGGCGGUCCUCACCUGUGCAGCCUCAGGGUCGCGCUUAGACUUCCCUUCACAGGACGCUUACUGAUGGUGUGGGUCCAUCCUGCAAAGGGAGCAGGUUCUGGAAGUCGUACAGUUCUAGAACCUUAGCGUCACAGAGCACGAGAAGGACCGAGAGAGAGAGAGAGAGAGCUCCUAGUCCCCUCCACACCCCCUGCUCCAGUUUGCAGAUUGAAACCCUGCACGCGUCCGUGGACUUGGGUGCGAUCCUCCUCUCCAGACACGCGGGCUGUGUUGGCCUCCCCGUCGCUUUUCCUGUUUGCCUCCUGUGUGGUCUUUCUGGGGGUAACCAGGCCUGAGGCAUAAAUGGGACAGAGAGAUCUAGCUUCUACCCCGAGGGCCUCAGAACCACACUUCUGUGUCUCCAGGGACGCUCUCAGGAAUUGUUACGACGGGGCAGGAACUCAGAGUCAGGCCGCCCUCCACGGACCGAUGCAUGGCGGCAGGGCACGCGCGGACGGCUCGUGCUACCGAAACGUGGGGCCGGGGUGAGGCACGCCUGUCCUGCCCCGCUGGGAAGGCUGUCCCACCCUGCCCUCAGCACAUCCCGGGGCCACCACCCCUCCCGCAGGCGCUGGGGGCAGGCUGUUUCGUGCCAGGGCCGUCCGUGUGCGGGCUGUGUGAUUUUACUGGCCAGGCCAGGGAACCAGUCUCUGGUGCAGAAGGAAGUUUUCCAACAAGAAUCGGAGGCUGUUUAACUGGAGUCCACCUGAAACUUGAAUUUAUUGCAAAGCCCUGUGCCAGGAGUAUUUGUGGUUCCUGGGCUGUCACCUGGCCCUGUCACCGACGCCCACGGCUUAGCAGGCUGAGGCACAUCCCAUCACCAUGGGCACGGCUGACCCCAGCAAGUCUGAGCAGGAAGCUGGAGGGAGCCCCAAAGCCUCAGGCCUCUUCCCACCAGUGCUGGGCGGGCCCCUCCUCCCCUGGCCCUCAGUCCGCUGCGCGCAGUGCAGCUCCUUCUCUGUGAAGGCAAAGGGAUGUUCUCCCGCAGCUCUCUGCUGCCUGCGGGGCCAGCACCGUUCCCCCACUGAAGGCUCACGGGCCUUUCUGCUGGCAGCCAGCUCUGCCCGGAGGACUGCCAGCUUUCAACUGUUCUUAGGAAGGGACACCCUGGCAGCCUGCGUUCUCGACCUCAGCCGGCGGAGGCGGGCGGCCCGGAGGCGGCAGGUGCACCACCAGCGGGGCAGCCUCUGCGGGCCGCGGCCAAGGAUGCAGCCGGUCGGGUCGGGCCCAGGACGUGGACCCUGGUCUGCAGACUCCUGGCUACACAUUUUGUUUCUCAAGCCCCAGGUCUUAAAUGACUUUCAGAACCAUCAGCCUUUUAAAGAGGAUGGUGAACUUAAAUCCUGUUGGGUUCCACGGAGCCGUUUAAAAUGGGCCCCGUGAGGGCGAGGCUGCUGAUAGCGUAUGUUCCCCUCCAUGUUUUUAGAUUUGAUCGGAAAGUUAGUUUAAAGCACUUGCUUCAGAAUAAGUUAUUUAUUUGUAUAUGUUCAAUAUAGUUUUUAAUUUAUAUCUGUAUAUAUUAGACACACCCGAGACAUCUUGUCAGGAAUCUGACAGUGACCUCGUUGUAUCACCUCCCAAACUGGGCCCGGGGGUGGCCCUGUGACACGGAUGGAGCCGGUGGGUGGGUGAGAGCCUGACCCAGUCCCUCGCUGCUGGGGCGCAGAUCACGCUCCGCAGGGAGAAGUCAGAUUCCCUUAGAAAUGUCCACCGUUCCCUUAACAGUCAUGUUCCCAGAGUGCUGGCCGGACUAGGACGGGAUCCUGACCAAAAGUGGGAAGAACGUGGUGCCACACGGGGUGGGGGGCUGGCAUGCGCUGCCCGGGGUUUUCCCCGUUCGGACCCGACGCCGUGCUCUCAGCCUCAGGGUUCUGCUUCCGGCUCCCUUUUGGUAAGGUGCCAUCCGUCUGCGAGGUCACCUCCACUUUUAUAUUUUUAUACUGUUUUGAGCUCCCUCGCCAACCUUUUGCACAAAAACAGUGACGGGGAAGGGCUCUCUAUGUCACCACUGCCGUGGACGUGCCGGAAGCGUUCACUCCCCCUCUGCCCAGAGUGUGCAGUGGGGUCCAUCUGUGAGGGCACACAAGCCAGCAGGCCUUGUCCGGCCUCAGGGUGACUCCACCCCGGCCGGGGGACCAGAGUGGCGCUGGGGAAUGACUGGGCCCAGGUGCUGGACUCAGCGUCCAGAGGGCGAGGCCUCUUGCGCGCAGAUCCUCCCACGGUCUCCUGUUGGGAGGCCUGGUGACCUUAGGCCAUAGGGCAAGGUCACUUUUGUCCCCUGUAGGUGCACUCGAGCUGGCCAGGCCUGGCCUUCACCUCGUCCACUUGUCCGGAGCUGUUUCUAGCUGUUCUAAAAACCCCAAGCCACUCGGAUGGGUUGGAGGUUGCCACCUUUUGCAAAGUUGUUUCACAAUAUGUGUCCUAGGCCCUGAAGGCCACCCCAGGAAGCUGCAGGUUUGCUUCCAUCGUGGCGACAGUUUGCACUGCUGUGCAGGUUGCCAAGGGGACAGCUGUGAGGCUGCGGGUGGCCAUGGGGGCUGUGGGCGAGAGUCAUGCCGCACCUCCUUCCACAAGGGAGUGGUAACUGUCAGCAGCUGUUUGGGGGGCAUGUAAAUGCUGCCCGCAGACCCAGCUCACGAGGUCACAGGACGGGAACCUCCUGAGGACGGGCAGCUGGUUGGGCUCACUCAGGCCCACUCUGUCAGCAGAGAAGCUGGCGGUGUCACGUCUGUGCCUGGCGCAGCUGGCAGGGGGCUGACCACCAUCCAGCCAGUGCUGAUCCUUAUAUGUCGCCUCUUCCAGGAGCACAGCGACCGGAAGUCUAGGCAGGUGCUUCCCCUUUAUGUAAAGGCCACAGCGACACUGAACUGUUAAACUAUUGCCUUCCUCCUUUUUUCUAAAAUAAUUUUUAAUGGGGAAAAUAAUUUCAAAUCAUGGCGUAGUUUUAAAGAGGGCAAUUAUUACUAUUUGUUCCUGUUAGUGCUGCCUCAUCAUCCCCAUGACGGGCUAGCUUGAUACUGUGAAAUAAACUAAAAUUUUCGUGCCAUACACACACACAGCACCGCGCCACAGCAAAAGCGGGCAGCCUGUCCCCGGGGAGCUGUUGGCUUCACUUGGAUGCAUCCUCUUGCCCGUCUCUUUAGAGUAUUUCCAGUUACGUUCCUCCCGAAAAGCUUACCUUGAUGGUGUACAAGUGCGACCAGGUAGCUCUAUUUGACACCAUGGGACAUAUUUUCAAACUGGGAUCAUCAGCUCAUAAUUCUUGGGGACCAAAGGUGUUUUUUAUAAUCUUUGUAUUUGAUUUUCUGAUGAGAAGGGAUGUUUAAAUUUUAACAUCAACUUUUAAAUUACAGGUCUUCAUCAUUAAGUGACUGUGCUAUACAUUGUAAUAUGUUUUCAUAGUAAGAAUGUAAUUAUUUCCUUAUUGUAUUUUUUAAAAACUAAAGUCAUAUUUAAAAUUCUCUUUGAAAGAAGCAGGCAGGAAACACGAAAGAUUUUUUUUUUAAUUAAAUAUGUUGGCAGUGCCCGUUUUAAAUGACUGUAAAUAUGUUUUCAUAUGUGUUUCUCAAUGUAUUUAAUUCAUAAAGUGAAAAGUUUUAUCAGAAAUGGAAAUACCAGUGUUCCAUCCAUUUGCCCCAUUUUGUAGUCGCCUCACUUGAAUUUCUUUACUAAGGGAUUUUUCUACUGUUUCACACGGUGUAGCCCAGACCGGCGCCCUGCGGCGUGACUCAUUUGUGUAUUAUUAAUAAAACUCUUCCAACCAGG